CAGCACAAUCACACAGAGUACCCAACUCAACUCGCUCGAUACAAUCAACUCGCAAAACGCAAAAAGUUUUGAUUUGAAAAUAAACCGUUUACCGUCAAUUCAUCAGUGUUUUUGUGUUAAUAAUUUUACACAUUAAAUAGAAAUAUCAUGUCCCAACAACAGACUAAGAACUGCAUCACUUUACGAGGCUCUGCACAAAUAAUUUGCGAAUACUUAAAAUACGCAACGAAUUCAGUGCUAUUCCAAAGAGGGCUGUAUCCUCCUGAAUCGUUCAAGGCGGAGCAGCAAUAUGGAAUUACACUGCUAAUGUCUGAAGAUCCUCAGAUCAAAAGUUUUCUCACUAACAUACUGGGCAAAAGUGAAGAAUGGAUACUCAACAAGCAAGUGAGCAAACUAUCAUUGAUCAUUCUGAAUGUAGCCAACAAGGAGGUCCUAGAAUGUUGGGACUUCAAUGUGCAGUAUGAAGACGGAGACAUGGCAAUGUCCAAGGAGAAAAAUGAACCUGUCACUGGUAAGGAACUUAAAAAAAUACAACAGGAAAUCCGUGACGUAAUGCUCCAGGUUGCUGCUACUAUAUCCUACCUGCCACUGUUAGACUGCCGAUGCUCCUUUGACAUCCUGAUACAUGCGAAACCUGACUGUGAUGUCCCUGAGAAAUGGUCCGAAGCAGAGCCUAUAUCUAUAACAAAUGCACAAAAUGUGCAACUCAAAUCAUUCUCUACAGGUCUUCACAAAAUGGAAACAGUUGUUAGUUAUAAGUUAGCGGAUUAGUUUAGUUGUAAUGUAGUUAAGUAUAGAUGGCAGCACUUGUCAUUUCUGGGUAUAUUGUGUGUAAAAUGGAUUUUGAGCUUAGGAAGUUAUUCUUCAUCCUAAGAAUAACAGUGGCACUUGUUUGUGUUUUAAGAAAGCCAUACAUUUUUACAAUAAUUAUUUAACUGCAUACCCAGGUAAUUACUCGUUAAUAUAAUAAUUUGUUUUGGCACCAAUUAACUUGGUUAAUAUAACUUAGAACAUCACAUAUAACUCAAUAUUUUACAUUUUAGCAACAAUCUCUUUAUGUAAACAGUAAAUCUAAUCUUUUAUAUAUUAUGAUAAUCAGUUAGUUCAUAAAUUCAGAAAAAGUUAUACUUUUAUAACUUAUGGGCCCACCUGAUUAAAUCAUGAACUCAAAAUAUAAGUGUAUGUGUGUGUUUAUCCAGUGAUAUUAGUCCCAGUAUUGUUGUAAAUAGUCAGUAAGUUAUGUGAGGCUAGCAUAAGGUCACUUAAUUUUAACUUUUUUAAUCCAGUUUGAUCAGCCAAUAAACUUAAUGGUAAUCAUUGUUUA